UCCAAAAGAGCAGCAGCAACAAGAGGCAGGAGUUCAAAGUUAGCAACGGAUUGCACAACUUCUACGCCGGGUGACUAUUAACAAGCUGGAUCGGCGGCUGCGGGAGCAGCAGCAGCAACAGAAAGCGCGCAAGGAGACAGCUCAUCCACUGCUCCCACUAGCCUAGUCCCCGAGUUUGAUGUUCUCCUGCUGCCUUUGGGACUCACCAUGUCUCCCUUUGGAAGGAAUCUCUUAAAGACCCGCCACAAAAAUAGGUCGUCUGUGAAAGAAAUGGGCUCCAGUGAACAAGAAAUCAUAGUCUGGGUUUGCCAGGAAGAGAAGAUUGUCAGCGGACUGACUAAACACACAACUUGCCUGGAAGUAGUUGAAGCUUUGCUGGAAGAACAUCAGACAACAUUGGCAGAGAAGAGAUUUCUCUUUGGGGAAUGUAAAGAUUACUGCAUUAUAGAAAAAUGGAGAGGCUCUGAGCGGGUUCUUCCACCUCUCACAAAAAUGCUCCGACUCUGGAAAGCCUGGGGGGAAGAGCAACCUAAUUUGCACUUUGUCUUGGUCAAGGCAGAUGCUUUCCUUCCCUUGCCUUUGUGGAGGACAUCUGAAGCCAAGAUAGUUCCAAACCUAGAAAUGCACUUGGAUCUAAGUCCAGCAAAUUAUAUGAAGAUGUUGACAGUGGACAAACAAAAGAGAAUUCUUAGAAAAACAUUUAAGAAACUGGCCAAACUUAAACAGGAAGGAGUUCUGCAGGAGAGGGACAAUAUAGAGACACUAAUCCAUCUCAUCCUUUCUCAAGACCAUACUAUUCACCAACAGAUUAAUAGAAUGAAGGAACUAGAUAUGGAAAUUGAAGAGUGUGAAGCCAAAUUCCAGCUUGAAAGUGAUGGGGAAAAUUAUGUCCAAGAGUCUUAUUUAAUGUCUUCUUGUAGCAGUUCUGAACAGCUAAUGGAAAUGCCUCAGAACCAUCAGCAGGAAAGUUCAAACAAAUAUGAUGGGAUUUUACAAGUGGAAGAAGGACUAAGGCACCACAAGUUAAUGAUUGAAAAGCUCUCUGCUGAAAUUGAACAAGAGGUUAAGGAAAGUGAAAAAAAUGGAGACGUACGGACAGAAGAAGCAUCUGAAGGUGAAGUGAAAAACACUGAUCUAGAAAGUAUUAAGAAUGAGCUGGAGAGAAGUAUGAAAGAUGCUCUAAAGAUUCAUUCUCAGUUGAAUUCCAUAGAGCAGGAACUAAAAUAUCGGGACUUGAUGCUGCAAAGGAAGGAAAAAGAAUAUGAACUACUCGUAGAAGAGCUUAGUGGUUUGCAUGCUAAAGAUAAAAAUGUAUUCAGGUAUCCAACAAGUGAAGAGGAAAUGAAGGACAAUGAAACUGGAACCUGUACAAAAAACUUUCCAGGAGCAGACCUUCUUCAAAAAAUGACAAAUUUAGACCUAAAUGAUACAGACUCCGACACGGGAAUAAGUUCUACUCACAGCCAAGACUCAGAGACAGCUAUAGGAGACACAUUGCUUUGUCCACAUAGUUGAAAACAAUUAUUUUAACUGAGGCAAAUGUAAUAUUUGCACCCUUUAAAAAUCACAUAGGAAAUGUGGCACUUUUUAAAAUUGAAUCUAGUUCUAAUGGGAUACGUUUCCCUGAUUUUUUUUUCAUAGAAAUAAAUCACGCAAGUCUUAGAGCCAAAUCUUAUAAAAAGAAAGGAAUAUACAGUAAAAUUAUAUUCCCUUUUUUCAAAUAAUACAGCAAAUUCAACUGUUAAUCAACCGCAUAGAUACAGACUAAUUAACCAGACUUGGAAAGAUGGACAGAAGUGUAAGUCCAUAUACCAAUACAAGUUCUUCUUUGUAUGCAUUAUCAGUCCAUAGAAUUCUAUGGGGAAUAUUAUCUUUUAUUUUUAAUAUACUGAUUCACUGCCAAUUCAAUGCGAUAACAAUGUGGAUAUUUUGAAAUGCAAAGUCUAAUCUUUGAAUGUCUGUGGUAUUUGUGGAAAAUGUAUGGUAUUAGAGCUAGUGGUACAGCAGAUUUCUUGUGCUGCCUUUUAUUAAAUCAUAAAGCAAAGUUUAACAAAGUUGCUAUUUCUGUCAAAGUUCUAGAGUUGCAUAUAAGCUAUGUUUUAUCAAAUUCUCAAUAGCUCAUUUACUAUUGUUGCAUAUAUCUAAAUGAGAUGCAGAUUUUAAAUAUCAGCUGUUUUCCUAAAUAUAAAUGUAAGAGAAUGAAGUAAAUCAAUUUUACAGUGCCAUAAUAUAAAUAAGAAUCUGAUAACUCUUUAACCAGCAUAUGCUAGUUAAGCAAGAACAAGUGAGGACAGUGCUUGAUGUAUUAGAGAUGAGGCCUACAAAACUAGUAAUCCCAGAUUACAGCAUAUGAAUGCUAUUUACCUUGGACUAAUGUAGCGAUACAGUGAGAAAGGCCAUCAAUAAAAGGCCACUGUCUAGAAUGGACAAUGAAAGCAUUAUUUCUAUGUUUAUUUUUUUUUCUUUUACAUGCCGACUUGAUGUUUCACUUUUUACAAACAUCAUCAAAUAACCCUAUUGUUAUUUUUAAUGACUGGGAAAAUUCUCUUCUUUGGAUUCCCACCCCCCAUUAACCUCUGGACAUUAUGAAGAGAUUUCCCCUAAAAAAAAAAUUGUUAUUUCUUUUUAAAAAAAUUUGGUGUUGUGCUAAAUGCCUUAAUGGUAAUAUUUUUGAGUUUUGUUAUCUAUCUUGUUCAUUCUGGAAACAUAGACAAUUAACCAUUAUGUUUUCAUAGUUUUAUAAUAAUUUAUUAAUAUGAUAAAUAUAGACAAAUAGUUCUUGACUUGCAGCCAUUCAUUUAGUGAUGAAAGUUAAAAUGGCAUAGAAAAAGGUGACUUAUGACUGUUCCUCGCACUUAUGAACCCUGCAGCAUCCCCAGAGUCACGUGGUCAAAAUUUAGAUGUUUGGCAACCUGGAGCCAUGUGAUCCCUACUUGUAACCAUCCCAGCUGGCUUCUAACAAGAAAAUCAAUAGGGGAAACCAGAUUCACUUAAUGACUGUAUGAUCCAGUUAACAAUUGCAGUGAUUUGUUUAACAAUCAUUGGAGAAAAAUAGUAAAAUUGGGCAUGGUUCACUUAAAAACUGCCUUGCUUAGCAAUAAAAAUUCUGGUCCCAAUUGUGAUCAUAAGUCGAGGAUACCUGUAGAUAUACAUAUGUAUACAUACGCACAAACACUGUAAUUUUCAAAUCUCUGUUGUUGAAAAUAUGCUAACCUAUAUUAUUUGAAAAAUUUCUGCAGUUCAUGUGAUAUAAAAAAGAUAAUUAUUCAUAUCUUUGGCAAUGUUACAAAACUUUUUGCUUGAUUCUAUGAAAUGCCAUUAUGUUGUGAAUCAGAAUUAAAUUUAUGUUGAAUGGACUUCAGUAUUCGCUUCAGACUCAAUUAAGUUCUACCUUUUGCCUUCCAUUCAUCACUUCAAUGUGUAUAUUUAAGUGUCUGUGGAUAAAAAGUGUCUGUUUAUUGUAUAUUCAAGAUUUACUAAUUUAUGGGAUGCAAGCAUUUAGGGCUUCUUCCAGUACACACCUGUUCUAAAGCUGUAGGAUUGACUGAGGUGUACCUCCUAUUCAUGUAUUAAUUUAUUUUUCUUGGAUAGUCCCAUAGUUGAGUUAAAUCUAAUGUGCAAUAUUUGUCAAAUUUCCUUUUCUUAUGAAUUUUUUUU